AUGCUUCAUUAUGCAGAACCAUAUCAGAAGGAUGGUCAGACUGUUGCGAAAUUGGACUUGGAGGAGAUUGAAGUAGAAGCUUCGUUUUGGAAAUCAGCGAUAAUAUGUGUAGUAAUUGGGGCAAAUCCUCCUCUAGCAGUGUUUGAGGGUUUUGUGAAAAGGAUUUGGGGUAACCUUGGCAUUGUGAGUGUGGCCCGAAUGAAUGCUGGGUUUACUAUGGUUAAAUUCAGAGAUGAGGCAACAAAGGACCUGGUGUUAGAAUCAGGGGUUGUGCAUUUUGAUAGGAAACCGGUUGUUCUUCGGCCUUGGACCACUGAUAUAGAAUCUCUGAAAUCCAUCAAAUAUGUCCCAAUAUGGGUUAGGUUGCCUGAUCUGGGGUUACAAUACUGGGGAGUGAACUGUCUGAGUGCUCUAGUUAGCACAAUAGGUAAACCCAUUAUGAUUGAUAAAAUUACUCAAAAUCGUUCGAUGAUAAAAUUUGCAAGAGUCUUAGUUGAGAUGGAGAUUACUGAUUCUCUACCAAAAUUCAUUAGCUAUUUUAAUGAGAAAGGGCAAAUAGCAGAUCAGAUUAUUGAGUAUGAAUGGAUGCCAACAAAGUGUUCCAAUUGUAAGAAGUUGGGUCACUCAAUUUCUUCAUGUAAAUUUGUUUCUGAAGCUGUUUGGAGGAAGAAAGAGGGGCAGCAAAAGGAAGGAAACAUAGCAGGGAUACCAGUUCAAGAGGAGGUCGAGAAGGUGGUUGGCCAUAAUGAGCAUAAUCCUGAACUUAGCCAGAAGGGUGGUGCGUCUGUUGCUGGUUCUUCUAGAGCGCCUCAGUUAGCUGAAGAUCAGGAAUCCACUGUUCCAGGUGCGGCUAAAUGGAUUUCCCCGAAACCAUCUAGAUUUAAGAGGCCAGAAGCUCAGGUCCCUGUUAAACCAGCAAUUAACAAGUUUAGUGUUCUUCAGGAAGGUCAGCAAACAGCAGUCACAGUCCCAAUUAAAUCCAAUUCCCAUGGAUAG